AGACAAAGAGAGAGACAAAGUAGAGAAGAGUGAGAGUCCUGCUCUGUGCUGCACAUCUCCAACUUGGUGCUGCUGUAUCCUCUUCUGGACCAGAUGAUGAUGAUGAUGAUGCCCUCUGAGCUCCUCGUCCCCGGGUGGCUGCAGCACCUGCUCGUUGUGCUCCUGAAGCUGAGCCUCUCCUGUGCAUCCCCUCUAAAAUUUACCAAUGAAACGGCGUGCACGGCCCGAGGACCCGCCUCUUACAUCCUAGUAUUCACUGGUCAGUGGAGCCCGCAGAUGUUCCCAAAACAGUACCCUUUAUUCCGACCUCCUGCACAGUGGUCCAAACUUGUAGCUGUCACCCACAAUGAGCGGUACCGGUUGUGGCAGGAAGGAGCGAUGGCAAGCCCUGGUGUGAAGAGUUUUGCUGAGCUCGGUGUCACGGUUGAGCUGGUAAAGGGGGCAAAAGAAGCAAGGAAGAGGAGGGUAGUGGGGUCCAUGUACCGCACAGCAGGGAUCCCAUCCGGAGUCGGCCACAGCUCCACUGAACUCGUUCUGCAGCCCAGGAACCCACUGCUCUCCUUGAUGGUGAAAGUGAUUCCCAGCCCUGAUUGGUUUGUUGGGGUGGACAGCGUAAGCCUGUGUGAAGCUGGCCAGUGGAAAGAGGAAGUGACUUUCGACCUGCAUCCAUUUGAUGCCGGGACGGACAGCGGUUUCACUUUCUCUUCGCCCAAUUUUCCCACAGUUCCCCCUGAGAACAUCACAAUGAUCACAUCUCAGAAGCCGAAUCAUCCUGCAAACUCUUUCUACUACCCCCGGCUGCCUGAGCUUCCGCCGCUAGCCACCAUCUGGCUAAAAAAACAGCCUCGAUCAUCCAUCCGUCAACACAACCACGUGUCCAAUCAUAUCCUGCCUCAACUCAGCAAAACCCCACAAUUUGCAGAGACGCCGCUGGACUGUGAGGUCUCCAUGUGGUCGUCCUGGGGCCUGUGUUUGGGGCCAUGCUCCAGAGGAGGAAUGCGUCAUCGUACCCGCUACAUCCUCUUGAAACCUGCUAACAGCGGCACCCCCUGCCCCGAGCUGGAGGAACAGUCUGAGUGCACGCCACACAACUGCCUGGUGCAGCAGUGAUGCUCGUUUACACACAGAGCCAAUUUGCAAGGCCAUGUCCUAUAUAAUACCUAAAGAAGUCAGAUGUCAGAGGUCACAGCGAGUGGUGAUCUAACGCGCCAGUUCUGCAGGAAUAUUCUGCGGUUCCUGCAUUCAGCUUAUACAAAGACACUUUUUGAAAACACAUUUUUAUAGUGUAUCGACAAAUAAUCACAUACUUUUUGCAGACAUCAUUUUUCAUAGUCGAUUUUUGAACAUGUCAAAUGUUAUCGAUAUUUUCUUUUAUUAUUAUUAUUAUCUACAUUUCACAACAGCACUGAGACAAAAGUACUUCAGUUGUGGAAUGAAUUGACCAACAGUGCCCUCCACUAGUACACUUUAAAUAAGCCCACUAAGACUGAACUCUUAUACUGGGCCAAUUAGGAUGAGCUCUCUAACAUCAUUAGGCUAAUAAUCUUAUAUAAUUGUUGUUUUGUUCCCUUCACCACCAUUGAAAAGAUGUAUAUAUGAUGUAUUUAAUCAUUUUCUCCUUUUAAUAAAUGUGGAGUUGUUUCCUUAAA